ACCAUAUUAAACAGAUCAAUUUCAUACGAACGUUGGAAAACUCUUGAAUUAAUUUAAGAGUUGAAAAUAUUGAAAAAAAAUCCUUUAAAAAUAUGUGUGUAGAAAUCUUGAAGAUCAUUUCAAUAAUUGUAUCUAAAGUUGUCCAUCGCACAACAUUUUCAAGGAUUCUAGCUCUGAUCUCAUGCCAGAUGCCAAGUGCUCAAACGAUGAUUAGUAAUCAAAAUUAAAUUUGUAAAUACAUGCAUAAAUAUAUGUACUCAAAUGCUGUGUAAACAAAAUUCACAGAUUCUCGAGAACUCUCGCCACACAGCUGAUUGUUGCUGGACCGAAAUCGCAAACGAUUCUUCAGAUACACACAGAUCUAUAUAUAUAUAUAGAGAAGGUUUAUAUAUAAACAAUUUCCACAGCCACUUCGGACGCAUGAUUUUGAGUGGGAAAAGUGCGACGGGGUGGACGAGGGGGGCGGCACAAUGUUGACAGCUGUGUGAGAAGUGCGCAGUGUGUGUGUGGAACUUAUAUAGGAAGCGCUGUCGGAGAGCGUCAACGGAAUAGCUAAAUAUAUAAAACCGAAACUGAACAACUGAGAAAUCAGCAUGUUUUCAAUAUUAACAUGAGCACAGCCGGCGGCAACAGCGGGGGGGCGGGGCAGGCCACGAGCGUUGCCGCUGACCUGGCGCGCUCUUACUGAGCAGAGGCAAAGGUGCGACGCUGAGGCUUUUCCGCUUUUCCGCUUUUACCCCAGCACAGUUGAGUUUUCGCACGCGUCGCGAGCGGCUGCUAAACAAAGAUGCGCCACGCUUCACUGAUCCGCUGGCAUGCCACCAGCCCGAUGACGCACUGCAGCAGUAGAAGAACUUUUGGAGGCAGCUACGUGUUGCUGCUGCUGCUGCUGAUGCACGUUCAUUCAUCUGCUGCUGCCGCUGCCGACGUCGAUGAGCUGUGCCUGGUACGCGCCACACUGUAUAUCACAGCGCCGGAGGAGCGCAGCGAUCAGGACUUUGGUCUGCCGCUGGACAUCGAUUGCGCCGGCAAUGGCAGCAGCUCGACUGCAGCCUUUGACCUGGGCCCGCAGCGCGUGGCGGGCAAGUUGCACGUGCGGCUCAAUGGCAGCCAGACGCCGCCGCUGGCCGUGGCCAGCUACGGCCUCGAGUAUCUGGACAACUGUGCUCAGCUGCAGAGCAUUGAGAUCGAGCGUUUCGUUGUCGACGCCAGCCUGGCCCUGUGCUGCGACGCGGGCCUUCCGCUGGAGCGUGUGCGUGCGGUCGCCCUGCGCCGCAACGAGCUGGGCACGCUGAGCGGCAACAGCUUUGAGCUGGUGCCGCACGUGCAGCAGCUGUUGCUGGAGGACAACGCGCUGCGGCUGCUCGAAACGCUGCGGGGCUGCGGCGAGCUGCAGCAGCUGGUUAUACGGCGGGAGCGGCAGCUGGCGCUGCGGCAGGGGCACGUUCUCGGCCAGCUGGGGCAGCUGCAGCGGCUGGAGCUGACACGGCUGAAGCUCGUCUCCGGCGACUUCCUGGAGGCGCUGCCCGGCGUGCUCACAGAGCUCGUGGUGCAAGAAACGCCCAUAGAGCCGCGCCAGCUUCGGCUUGACAAUGGCAGCGAGCAGCUGGUCAAUCUCAGCCUGGUGCAGUGCGAGCUGAGUGGCUUUUCAUUGGAGCCGUCGACGGCGAUCCGGCUGCUGCAUCUUAAUCUGAGCGGCAAUGCCCUGCGGCAGCUGCAACUGCUGAACAGCUCGCUGCUCAGCUUGGAUCUGAGCGGGAAUCAUUUGAGCAGCUUGAACAGCAGCUGGUUCGCCCAGCUAAACCGGCUGCAAGCGCUGCAUCUGCAGGGCAAUCAAUUGCAUCGGUUGUCCUGGCAGCAGCUGCUGCAGCUGGCCAUGCUCCGGCUGGUUCAGCUGGACUUGAGCUCCAAUCGGCUGCUGCGCCUGGAGGACACGGAGCACGCUGCCUGGGAGCAGGCGCAACAGCUGCGCAUACAAAUCGACGACAAUCCCUGGAGCUGUCAGUGGCUGCUCAACUUUUCGCAUGCCCAGCCGCAGUUGUUUCGGCUGUUCCGCUACGCCAAGUACAUAUCCCAGAUCAAUGUGAAUGGCCUCAGCUGCAGGCCAAAGCCGGAGGAUCAAGCGAUGGAGCCACCACUAACCACCAGCAGUCCACAAUUGGCCCAGGACAAUUGGACCCCGCGCAAUGCCCACCUGAACGUCUCCAGCCAUACGGUGCUCUAUGGCAAUCCCAUUCAGCAGUCGCGCAGUCAGCGCGCCGAGGCGCUCAUCAUAGUCUUCAUGCUGCCCCUGGGCAUUGCGCUGCUCUUCCUGCUGCUCUACCUCUACCUGCACUGCGAGCGCCUGUUCCACUGGUCCUACUACUCGAGCGGACUGCCCUGCUUUGGCGGCAGCAAGUCGGCGCGCAGCCAUCGCUUUGUGGAUCACAUUGAUAUCGUGCGCUAUCCCAUUGCCAAUGGCAAUAGCUCGGCCAGCAUGGCUCUGGAGCUGGAGCCGCCGGCCGAUGGCUAUGAGACGCCGCUAAGUGGCGCCGCCUCCAUUUGCAACUGCGCCGGUCACAGGCAAUCCGCAUGCUCGCGCACCCAUCACGUCACCUAUGAGGUAAUGCCCACGGAGCUGCCCUACCAGCUGUACACAGAGAUCAAGGAGCUGGCCGAAGGCGACGAAACGGAUAAAACGCUCGAUGAAAUUCCCGCCGCCACGGCGCCCAUUUAUGAACCCUUGGAUGAGAAGCCACUGGAGGUCUAGCAAUUGUCAUCAGGUAUACAAAUUAUCUAUCGUGACAGCUGUUGGAAAAAGUCUCCACAUGAAAAUCUCUUCGAUUGCUGUGCUCGACAUUGGCAAGAAUUAUUAAGUUUGUAUGUCUCGUUGUUGUUUGGUGUGUAAUUUAUCGCUAAGUCUUAAAUUUAAU